CCCAAUCUUCUCUUCUUGGUCGCCUUUUUUUUUUUUUCUUUUGGGUUUUUCUUGACGCCUUAUUUCGACGACAUGUGUUGAUGCAUGUCCAAACAUCAAACACGGCAAGAGGGAGGUCGGGAACAAGAAAAGAAAGAAAAUGUCUCAGAUGAUCGUUGCCCGUUAUUGCGCUGACUCUGCCCACGACCAUCCAACGCAUCCGCCGGCGUCAACUCGACUUUUCCACACCAGCAAACGGGAGCCCUGAUAUUGUCGACGGAAUAGGUAGAAGGACAUCCACAUUGCCCACGAAGUCACUGGAACCGAUCACUUCCUCUCCAGCAAACAGGACAGUCAAGACCCCGUCCUCGAGCCCAAAGAACAACGGCAUUUCCCACGCCACCACUGAAACCACCUGCCCCCCCCUCUCGGCCAGACAACCUAACAAUGGAAACCAAGGAGUCCUCAGACAUCCGAUAUGGCACUCCAAUCAAGAUGGCUCCCAAAAUCCUCCACCGUUUCUAUGAGCCUAUCAUGCUCCUCGAAGCCCUCAAGGGGCCCAUUGGCGAACCAUCAUCUGGCCCCUCCCAGGCCAUGCGCGUGGACGACGAGGAUCCCAAACAGCUCUUCCAGGCCUUCGUCUACAGGCUUGCCCAUGUCUGUGAUCGAGAAAAGGGCGGCAAUACGGUGACAUCCAUCAUGGUCCUUGACACUAGCAAUGUCUUGGCAGCUGAGCAGGAGGUCGUCUAUGUCUUUGGUGUCAACCAAGCUACACCUCGCCAUCUGAAGCACACGGCCCAGUUUCUGCGUACCGUUCUGGAAAAGGUAGCUAGUGCUCCGCCAAAGAGUGAUAGGGAGGGGAGAGAGGCGGCCGAGAGGGAGCUGUGGCAGACUGUCCUGCGCUUCAAUCGGCCAAGGGUGAAGUUUUAUCUCAAGUCAUUGAGGGAGAAGGCAGAAGAGUGUUUACGGCAGUGUGAGGUGGACGAAAAGGAGGAGGAUCGCGAAAUAGCCAGAGGGCUACAGGACUUGCUCGAGUCAGAGGACUAUGCCGUCACGGAAAUGACGUCGGAGGCAGAGUACGACCAAAAAUGCAACACCAUCACCCGACAACUCAGGAGCAUCUUCGCUUCCACACGCCUCAAUGCCAUCCUAAUUGCCCGCGCCGCUGCCGGCCGCACCGCCAUGGCUGGCCACGCCAGUAUGGAAUGCUGGUCCGAUCUAGUGCACGUCGCCCAGCGCAUCCGGGCCUACCGCGCCUCGGUGCACUCCUUCUUCAAAGCCCGCGACGAAUGGCCACAUCUCUUCCAAGUCAAAAUCCAUAUAGUCGCCGUUCCCUCCGCCGACCCCCAGGAGACGCCGCGACGCAAAAAAUCUCUUCAAGCCGAGAGCAUCGUUGGCCGCAUGACCUCCAACGAAAAACUGAUGACCAUUUUCAAGCGCUUUGUGCAAGACUUGCAAAUGCACAAUCUCGACACCAGACUAGUCGACGCCUACGAAAAAAACGAUAAGUUGGCCGUCCAUUCCGAAGUGCUCCUGCACCAUUGGCUCCUUACGGAUCACGGUAAAGGCGAAAUCAGUCCCACCAUGUUUUUCAACUCGUGGCCUUAUAUCGGCUCAAGCAAGCCCACCUGCAAGUUAUGCAGAUACUACUUUGAAGAGUCCCGAUCAGGUGUCGAGGUGCGAGCUUCGCAUGGAAACUUGUAUCCAAAGUGGCGGUUGCCAGACGUCUACGACUUCCACCCCCCGGACGCCAUUAAAAGGAGGCAGAUCAUGCUGGACAGGAUUCUACAGCGCGUCAGGACCGAAGUGUUUAAUGUCAUCAAGAAGAAGAGCCCGUUGAGCUAUAAGCACGAAGACUCAAACACUUGGUCGGCCACGAUGCAACUCGAUGAUCGGUUGACACAGAAUCAGACGGACGCGGGGACAGAUGCAGGUACAAGGGCAGGCACGGUGGUGGAUUGGGACGAGACUUCGUCUGUGAUUGUGCAACGAGAUGAUGUCGAGCCGGCAUCGGGUAUUGAGAAUGAUGUGGACAGCAUUGCAUCUUUGGACUCCAUGCAAGCCAUGGAGAGUAAUGUUGAAGAUCUCCGGGGCCUUCAUCUGCAUGACAAGAUCGACGAGGUCGAUGUGCGUGCUAAAUCGGGUAUGGAACAGGAUGAAGACGAGGAUGAUGAUGACGAUGAUGACAAUGGGGGAGGGGCGGCACUUUAACAUUUGAAGGCUAUCGUUGAUGAACACAAGACCUGAAAUCGGAUUACCUUCUCGGUUUACUUACCAAUAUCAGUGAUCAGACCCCCAAAAUGCUCCUUGCAGGUCUGCAUGCGGGACAAUCCUUCGGAUGGAUGGAGGUCCAAAUUUAUCCACGUAUAGCACUUUAUCUCCGGGUUUAACGUCGAGAUAUCGUACCGUUGCCACA